GAACAAAAAUUCCACUCUGUCAUUAUUUACCAGGAAGCUCAUAGUUUUCAACGACAACCAAAAACCUUCCAAGAAAGAAAGCUAAUAAUACAAACAAUUCAAUAACUUCCAAAAGCACACUGAUCUAUUCCUUUCUCUCUACUGUCUAGUUCAGAUGGAUAGAUUGAGAUCACUGUCUAAGAUCAUGAAGAUCGAAGGAACCCCUUUUGGUUCCUCUCACCAACGCAACCAAAUUUUUCUGAGAUUCGUCGCUUUCUUCCUUCUCGUUGGUCUUGCUUACCGUCUCAUCAUCACUAAUGAUUCCACCGUCCCUCCAGUUACAGAUGUUAAAUCCUCACCGGCGGAUCCUUCCGGUCUCACUGCCUCAGCUCCCAUUGAUUCUCCACGAAACAUCAACAAUGCUUCACAAAACGCUUCGACAAAGUGUGAUAUAUUCACCGGGAACUGGGUACCAGACCCAUCUGGUCCUGUCUACACAAAUGACUCUUGUCGUCAUAUCCAAGAACAUCAGAACUGCCUGAAGAACGGACGCCCAGAUUCGAACUACCUUCUCUGGAGAUGGAAGCCUCGCGACUGCGAUCUCCCCAGGUUCAAUCCAGAUCAGUUUCUCAACAGAAUGAGGAACAAAUGGUGGGCUUUCAUCGGCGAUUCAAUCUCUCGUAACCAUGUCCAAUCCCUCCUCUGCAUCCUCUCUCAGGUAGAAGAGGUAGAAGAAAUAUACCACGACAAAGAGUACAGAUCAAAGAUAUGGAGAUUCCCUUCUCACAACUUCACUCUCUCUGUCAUCUGGUCUCCUUUCCUUUUAAAAGCCGACACCUUCGAGAACUCCGAAGGCGUUUCCUUCUCCGACAUUCAGCUCCAUCUCGACACCCUCGACCCCAAAUGGACCCAUCAGUACCCCAACUUCGACUACGUUGUCAUCUCCGGUGGCAAAUGGUUCUUCAAAACAUCCAUCUUCCAUGAGAACCACACCGUUACCGGAUGCCAUUACUGCCACGGGAAGGACAACCUCACCGACCUCGGUUACGAAUACUCGUACCGUAAAGCCCUCCGCUUAGUUCUAGACUUUGUCGCUGAUCCUAACCGUAGAGCUCAGGUUCUGUUGAGAACAACAACGCCUGAUCAUUUCGAGAACGGGGAGUGGGACAGUGGUGGGUUCUGUAACAGAACGGUGCCGUUUAAGGUAAGCGAAGGAGUGAUGAAGAGCGAGGAUGAGUUGAUGCGUGGUGUCGAGCUUGAGGAGUUCCGUAAGACUCAAGUAAAAGGUUCAAGUUCCAACAUUGCAUUACUUGACACUACUUCGAUGUCGCUUCUCCGACCAGAUGGGCAUCCUGGUCCGUAUCGGUAUCCAGAUCCUUUCUCUGGGAUGAAGGUGAAGGAUCAGGUUCAUGUUCAGAAUGAUUGUCUUCACUGGUGCUUGCCCGGUCCGAUUGAUUCGUGGAAUGAUCUUAUGGUGGAGGUCAUGCUUAACCGGGAUACUGAGAAAAAUGAUUAGCAUCCAUUUCCUGAUGUUUCUUUGUAAUUAGUUAUUUUGUUUUAUAAAAGCCCAUUAAUUUGAUUUUUGGGCCCAGUAUAGGUCCAACUACAAGCCCGUGCCACUUUUUGUUCUUUCUUGUGUCAUUGUACAAUCAUUAAGGGCAGCACAUUCUGAGCCAAAAACUAUUUGUAGAUCGUGUACACAACUUUAAAAUUAUUAGGAUGUAUCAUCUUUUUUUUCUUUUUCUGUAGAUUACAG